UUUGUAAACAUUGAAUUGUGCGAGCUUACGAACGGAGUGUGCUAACGAGCCUGAUGCUAUGGUAAUUUCCACGAUCGGUUUCCAUCAAGGAAAGCUCACUUUAAGCUCUGUGCAUGUAUUCCUUUGUGCGCACUAUUAGCGCUCGGCUGAUUUACUGUUCGUUUGGUAAUGGUUUUUAUUAUUAGUUAAAUUAAGGCAGUGUAGUUAGUUUAGAUCUGUUAUGUCCCUGUUUGUUUAUUGGACACGUUAGUGGACAUAACGAUCGUUUUGCAUUUUUUGUUGUUCUUGUUCUUGUUUGUAUUCUUCUCGGUAUCGUUAUGAAAAAAUCGUAUUUCUCAUUGAUUACUGGACCAUUCGCUUUGAAAUUUUCAGUGAGUAAAGAUUAUAUUUUUCACUAGAACUAGUCUAUUGACCAUCUUGUCCACGGAUCGUUUGUUCCAUUUGCUAGUUACCCAUAUUCCGGGCCAUCCUGUGGUUGCAAAAAUUAUUAAUGCGGCCACUCCUACCCCCACGCUAACCAUGAUGCAUCAGAGCUCAAUUUCUGGGCCGGAUGAUUGCCAGAGUUUAUCUCCCCAGGAGGGUGCGAUUCUAUUGGGUGUUCUAAACCUGGAGGAGCUGCGUCAAAAACUGUCCCGCUUGCUGGAUAAAUCUGUCUCAAUGUCUUCACCAGACGAGGCGUUCGUCCAUCUUGAGGGGCAGUUGGUCUACCCGGGUCUCUGUUUCCAGAGUGGCGGACGCCAGCCCCCAAACCGUUAUUCACGUCCAGCCUAGAAACGGACCAAAUCAAACCAAUUGAAUGGCGAACGUGGGUAUCGGUCAUUUUUAACAUUCGAACUAUCGCUAGUAAUACGUCCCCAAUUUUAUCUGGUAGAGGAGUUCGUCAAGGAUGCCUUCUCUCGGCAAUCAUUUUUAACAUGGUGAUGGAAGUUCUUAUCCGGGGCGUCAAAUGUUUGCCGGACGUCAGUUACCAGUUACGAUGUGCGCCGGAUGUGACCGUCAACGGCCAGGGCUACGCAGACGAUUCUGCUCCGUGUGCGUCGUCGCGGCAACAGUUGGAGGCGCAACUUUCAAUGUUUGAAGAGUUCACGCGAUGGUCCGGAAUGCAAUUCAAACCAUCCAAAUGUCUUGUCCUUGCAUUGGUUCGGUCGGAAGGCACGAUGGUCGCGGACGGUGAGUUACCUUGGCAAGAGUAUGUAUGAGAUACCGGAUCGUCGGACGAAAGCUGAACCAUGGACUGCGGUUAAAGAUGGAACAGUAGCAGGCAACACACCAAUGUAUCCACUAGUCAUUGAUGAAAUGAUGAAACCAUACAUUGCCAUACCUGACGCUUGCAAGAGCAAACCAGUUGCUGACGAAGAUUGCUUACAUUUGUCUGUGUAUACUCCGCAUCUGGAAAAAGGAAAAAACCUUCCGGUGAUGGUGUGGUGGUUUGGCGGUGGAUUCAGCAUGGGUUCUGAACGCUUGUAUGAUGGAAGUAUGUUGGCUGGAAUGAACGAUGUUGUCAUAGUUGUGCCUAACUAUAGACUUGGAAUAUUUGGAUUUCUCUCCCUUGGACCUUCUUCAAUAUGCCCGGGGAAUGCUGGAUUUUUAGAUCAGCAGUUGGCAUUGAGAUGGGUCCAAGAAAACAUCGAUGCAUUUGGCGGUGACAAAGACAACGUGACUAUCUUUGGUGAAAGUGCUGGAGGAAUGUCUGUCAACAUGCAUAUGUUGUCUCCAUUAUCACGCGGUCUGUUCCACAAAGCAAUUAGUCAUAGUGGACAAGCAACUUUAAAAGGAUUUUUUCAAACGGUCGAGAAGAAUUCUGAGAAGAAUGAAAAAUGUUUUAAGCAUUUGAAGAUUGAAGAAAAAGAAGAUUGUAAAAUUCUGGAAGCAUUACAAAAGAUUCCAGCCGAUGAUUUAGUCAAUUCGUGUAUGCAAUUGUCAAUGCAAAGGAUUUCUUUUCUCCCUACUCUUGAUGGUAAGGUGUUUUGUAAAACUCCAGGAGAAUAUGUAAACGACAAAGAAUUUGUUAAAGUGCCGUAUAUUCUUGGAUGCAACAGCACAGAAGGACAAGGAAUAUUAUCAAGCUCAUCCCCUAAUUUUAUGACCGGUAUAAAAGACGUGGAAGAGGUUUAUAAAUCAUUAUUCACUCCUGUAACAAAGGAAGGUUUCGAAAAGUGCAAAGAAUUCUACUCGGUGGACGAUCAAGACGAACUGCGGUUCAGUAAACUACAGGGAAGCAUAAUGGGCGAUUCAAUGUUUGUUGCUCCCGCUGUCAAGGUUGCUUCAUCUCAUUCGGAUACUGGCGCACCAACAUACGUUUAUCAUGGAAACUUUCAGCUUAAACUAUUCCACGACAGAGAAUAUGGACCAGAAGUUGGAUUAAAGCCGAGUUGGUGCAUUUGCGACCAUGGCGAGGAUGUUAUCCUGACGUUUGGAGUUCCAUUUUCACCGAACGAACUUCCUUUGGGUACGAAAUAUACCGAAGAGGAAAAGCAAAUGAGUAUCGAUUUCAUGAAGUAUUUGACAAAUUUUGCAAAAACAGGAAAUCCCAAUAAGGGGCAGAAAGUGGAUAUCAAUUGGCCCCAAUACAAAACCAAAGGAAAAUAUCUCAUUGUUAAUAUCCCAUAUUCAAUCGGAGAAAAUUUGGCAGAAAAAGAAGCAGAAUUCUGGAACGAAGUGAUGCCCGAUUACGUGAUUGAAUGAUUGAAAGAAUAUAACAGAAACUUUAUAGCUACAACACCUAUAGUUAGAUUUAAAUUAUAGCUUCUAUAAUUUUCAGAAAAUAGUAUCAAAGCAAUUUAUGACGAUUCAGUUGCUUGUAUAUUUAUAUUAUUAACGAAUAUUCUAUUCCAAAUUAAAGUUUAUAAUAACA